UUUUCUUUUUCAAAAGUCAACGACUGCUGUCAUAAGGAGCGCAGGAGCAGAGCUUCUCUAAGAUCAAUUCAGCCUGCCUUCCCCCCUCCACCUUGUCUGCUACCUCACUGAAAUGUUCCAUUUGGUCGAGUUCCAGAGCAACAAAGCAGUAGCAGUAGUACCAGAAAACUGGUGCUGUGAUGGUGCUACCUACUGGCCCAACUAUAGAAAUGAUGAAAGAGUGGAUAAGGCAGUAAAAAAUGUAGAGGAACCAGGACCAGACUGGAAGACAUACGAUAUCAGAAUUAUCAAAUCAUGUGAUCAGUACUUUGAGGCACGACAGCUUCUGAAGAAAUCGCUUACAUGCAGCACAUCAGACCUUCAGUCAGAAGAGGAAGAGGAGGAAGUACGACCAAAAAGGAAGCCAAAGGCAAUUCAUUCCUUUGGGGACUCUGACAGUGACACAGAAGAAGUUUACCUGAAAAGGAAAGCCAGAGCUGCAGUAAGACGCCCACUACAACCACCUGCUCCAGAUAUCCAACCACCACCUUUCACUGGGGCUAGCAUCCACACAAUUGCUUCUUCUGCAAAAACUCCAUCACCACCACUGCUUGCCCAGAUGGAAAAUAGACCAAGAGAUGAGCCAACUCCUUCUUCAAGCCAUGUCUACAGGCCUACUUGGAAAGGGGGACGGUAUGGCUCAGACACAAUUACCUGCUCUGCUGCAGAAGUUCAAAUAUUGAGCUUACUGGAGUACAUUAAACACCAACAAGACCAAUUAACCACCAAAGUAAACUAUCUGACCAACAAGCUGAACUCAACUGUCCAAGAAAGAGAAAUACCUGACCCUGUACAGUUUCCACUACAAUCAAUGGAGGAAGUGGAGAAUUUUGAGAAAUGGCUCAAAGAUCCUGCUAACUCUCACCUGAAGCAGAGUGUGAUUUCUUCACUGGCAGCCAUCGGGGGGCUGAUGCAAGAAGUAUCACAUGGAACAUUCUUUCCCGCAUGUUCCACAGUGACAUUGGACAGAAGAUAAAUUGGACAGGGGCCAAUGGAAAGGGAGGUUUCUCCCAGAUGGCAUCAAAAACAGUACUCUUGGAUGCAGUAAGAAAGACCCACGUGUCCCGUGCUGCCACAGAAGAGGAGAUUCGGAAACAUGCCAUACGAUGGUUCAAUCUGGCAGCAGACAGAGGAAGAAGGCGGCGUCCUCCUGUUACCAUCCCGAAUCAAUGCUGAGGACUUCAGUUUGUUAUUGUUACUGUUAUUGUUCCAAAAAUGGUUAUCUUUCAGUUAUUUGUCUGUUAAUGUUUUAAUGAAGUACAGUAAUGAAUCAAUGCAUCACCUGCUUAAUUAAUUUGUGAUAGUAUUUCCUUUCUUUGCCAUUUUACUUUUUCCUUUACUGCAUUUUGUUAAAGAAUAAAGAAGUGUUAAAGGAUUUAUAGUAAAUAAACAGUAUUCUUGAUACAUUUAUGAUCCCAUUAUUUUUGUAAUACUCAUAUGCUCAUCUUGUUAUUCAAAUGGAAAAUUAGGCUUUAGAUAAGGAUGCCGUAAUUGUUAAAGAUUUUUCAUUUUCCCUAAAAUCAGUCUUCAUGUCCAAAUAGAUAUUUUAGCUUUAACUGUAGCUAGCAUGGCUACAGCAAUUUUUAAUAAGGGAUCCUGAAAAUAUUCUGGCCAAAAUAAGCUGUUAUAUGAACGGAUUCAAAACGGAUCCGUGUCGGAUCAGUUUUUCCACAGACGGCUCCGUAAAGGAUCCGUUUUGGAUAACCUGAAACGUGGACGGGUCCGAUUUGUAUCCGGUCCUGAUCUGUUCCUCAACCGUGAUCCUGAUCCGUUACUGAUCCGUCCCGCUGUGCAAGUGGACUCCGAUACG